CCCCCCCCCCACUCUGCGCUUGCUCGGCUCUAUGCUGCGCCUGCGCGGUGCGGUGCGCGGCGCUUCCCGCCAGGCGCGGAGGCGGGUCAGGGUAAAGGAUGAAAGGUAGCAAGGAGCCGUUUUUUGUGAAGUUCGUAAAGUCUUCUGGAAGCUCAGAGUAUUUUUUUAAAGCUCUCGAGUCUAUAAAAGAAUUUCAGUCAGAAGAACAUCUCCAGAUCCUCGAAGAAGAAGCAGCACUCAAUAUAAAAGAAAAUGAUAAAUCCCUUUACAUUUGUGAUCCUUUUAAAGGCGUUGUUUUCAGUCAUCUCAAAAAGCUUGGUUGUAGAAUUGUUGGACCGCAGGUAGUCCUGUAUUGUAUGCAAUCCCAGCGAUGUGUCCCAAGAGCUGAGUAUCCCGUGUAUAAUAUGACCAUGGCCGAUGUAACGAUAUCCUGUACCAGUCUUGAAAAAGAUGUUAGGGAAGAAGUUCAUAAAUAUGUGCAGAUGAUGGGUGGACGUGUGUACAGAGACCUCAAUGUGUCAGUAACUCACCUUAUAGCUGGAGAAGUUGGAAGCAAGAAGUACGUAGUAGCUGCUUCUCUAAAAAAACCUAUUUUGCUACCUUCUUGGAUUAAGACACUGUGGGAUAAGUCUCAACAAAGCAUAAUUAGAUAUACUGAUAUUAACAUGGAAGACUACGUGUGUCCUGUGUUCCUUGGCUGUACAAUUUGCGUAACUGGCUUAAGUAGUUCAGACAGGAAAGAAGUCCAGCGCCUCACUGCUGAACAUGGUGGGCAAUAUACAGGGCAACUCAAGAUGAAUGAAUGUACUCACCUCAUAGUUCAAGAGCCAAAAGGUCAGAAAUAUGAAUGUGCCAAAAAAUGGAAUGUGCAUUGCGUGUCUGUGCAGUGGUUUUCUGACAGUAUUGAGAAAGGCUUCUGUCAGGAUGAGACAAUAUAUAAAAUAGAGGCUGUAUCAAAACUUAGUACACCCAGUACGUCAACACCUACAAGUCAUGCCAGCAAGCCUGACAAUCAUACUCUUUCGGACGUCAGCCACAUUUCCAAUAUCAAUUUGAGUGGUGUAAAUGAAACUGCAUAUAGUUCUGUUAUGAGCAGCAGGCUGGAUCCUUCUCCUGAUGAGCUGGGAAGCUUGGAUAUAAGUUCUUUUCAAGCCCCUGAAGAUUUACUAGAUGGAUGUCGAAUCUAUCUGUGUGGCUUUGGUGGCAGGAAGUUAGAUAAGAUGAGAAGGCUUAUUAACUGUGGUGGUGGUGUUCGAUUUAAUCAACUUAAUGAAGAUGUCACCCAUGUCAUUUUAGGGGAACAUAAUGACGAGCUGAAACACUUCUUGGACAAGACAACUCACAGGCCUUAUGUAGUGACAGCAAAAUGGUUGCUGGACUCAUUCAGUAAAAGCUUUCUACUUCCAGUGGAGCAAUAUAUUCCUCUAAACUACCAGCUGAUAGAAAAUCCAAUUUUGGAGCAACCUGGAAUAAAGUCGAUUCUUCCCAAAAACAACAGUCUCUUGAAGAAAGACGCUGUGAACAUUAUAAAACACCAGAAAGCUGAUGAAGAGGACUUCCUCUCUCAAUAUGUAAAUAAUGAUUCUACAUUAGUUGAAGCUGAAAAACUAACAUCUGGUAACUUCAAUGAUGUUACUCACUUGACUGUUCAAGAAGAGAAUCAAUCUUCUGUGUGUAAUGGUUCCUUGGGAGAGGCUUCUGCACUGGUUGAAGGACACUUAUUUGUCAGAAAGAGAUUUCUUCUUUUGGGUUUUGGUGAAGAAGAUGAGUCCUGCCUUGCAGGUCUUAUAAAGGAGAAUGCUGGGAAAAUUGUGCUGCCGCAAAGCAGAACCAUUGCAGACUAUGCUGUGGUACCCUUGUUGGGGUGCACUGUGAAGCCAACUGUUGGAGAUGUUGUUACUAAUACGUGGCUGAUAACAUGUGUGGAACAGCAGCUGCUUUUAGAUCCCCAAUCCAGUCCACUGUUCACACCAGUCCCAGUAAUGGAAGGAGUCACUCCUCUGGAAGACUGUGUUCUUUCUUUUAGCCAGUUCACUGGUGCAGAGAGAGACUCCCUGGUUUACUUGGCAGGAUUGCUAGGAGCAAGAGUACAAGAAUUCUUUGUGCGAAGAGCCAAUGCAAAAAAAGGAAUGUUUGCCAGUACCCACCUUGUGGUGAAAGAGCCGGAUGGUUCCAAGUAUGAAGCUGCAAAGAAGUGGAAUUUGCCCGCAGUCACCGUAGCUUGGCUUUUGCAGUCUGCAAGGACAGGAAAGAGGGCAGAUGAAAGCAAGUUUUUAGUUGAAAACACAGAUGCUGAAGAUAAGGAGAGCUUUGUUGCUCGGCCUGGCAAGAAGCCAGCAACUGUUACUUCUCCUGGUUCUCCAGAACAACCUACCUAUCUCCUUGAAGCCGGAAAAAAGCCAGCUGUGACCCCUCUUGAUAUCAACAGGUUCCAGAGCAAAGCUUUCCAAACUGUAAUCUCUCACCAUAUUGGGAAGAAGACAGCCCCUUUUGCAGAAGCGGUACUGCCACAGAAAGAACCAUCUUUACACCUUGAUACACCAUCGAAAUUUCUUUCCAAAGACAAGUUAUUCAAGCCUUCUUUUGAUGUAAAGGAUGCUCUGGCAGCUUUGGAAACUCCAGGAGGUCUCUGUCAAAAAUCCAGGAAGUUGAGUACACCUCUCUCUGAAGUCAUUGGCAGAAACUUGAAAUUGGCUCUGGCAAACAGCACGCGGUAUACGGUAGCUCUUACUACCAGUCCUCAGUUGAAGGCUGCACAACCAGAAGUGCUUGAACAAGAAGAUGAUUCCAAGCCUUUGGCCGAUGUUGUUAUAUGUGUUAGUAAAAAAUUUAGUAAGAAGCAAAGUGAGCUGAAUGCAAUAGCAGCUUCUCUUGGGGCAGACUACAGAUGGUGCUUUGAUGAAACAGUAACGCACUUCAUAUACAAGGGAGGACAAAAUGACAACAACAAGGAGUACAGAUCUGUUAAAGAAAGGGGUAUACACAUUGUUUCAGAACACUGGCUUUUAGAGUGUGCCCAGGAGUAUAAACGGCUUCCCGAGUCUCUCUUUCCUCACACUUACAAUCCCAAAAUGAGCCUGGACAUCAGUGCAGUGCAUGACGCCAGAUUCCCCUCCUCUAGUAUACUUCCAUCAACUGGAAAACCAGCCGAGGAAAAUGAGAUUAUUCCAGUGGAUGAAGAUGAUGCUGAAGAUGGUGUAACUACUGACCAAAUAAAGGAAACAGUCCCUGCAGGAGUAGAACAAAUUGUAGCAAGCGAAGCCAAAGGAGUGUUAACUCAAACCCUAGAAAUGAGAGAGAAUUUCCAAAGGCAGCUGCAGGAGAUCAUGUCUGCCACAUCAAUAGUGAAACCACAAGGACAAAGAGGAUCUCUCUCAAGGAACAGUUUUGAUGGUUCACCAACCACCCCUGAUGGCACACGAUCUGUGCGAAAUGGCCGCAGUAGGGUCUUGGAAGCUCUAAGGCAAUCCCGGCAAGCACUUACAGAUCUAAACACAGAGCCAUCACAGAGUGAGCAGAUCAUCUGGGAUGAUCCUACUGCAAGGGAGGAGAGAGCAAGACUUGUCAGCAACUUUCAGUGGCCUAACAGUCCUUCCCAGUACACUGAGCAAGUUCAGAGUAACAUCAAUAAGAACAUGGAUGAGUCUGCCUUCAAAGAAUCCUUAGCUGAUGCAGAGAUUGCUGGUAUAGAUGUUCCUGAGGCUGGGGAUGGAGAUUUGAUUGAAGGUCCAAAGAAUCCUGUAUGUAGAGACCCUGAAACGCCCAUUAAAGAAGAUAACUUGAUUCCCACUCCGCAGGCCCCCAGCAUUGCUUUCCCACUGGCUAACCCUCCUGUGGCACCACAACCCAGAGAGAAGACUGUAGCGGAAGAUGAGAAGGCUGAUGAAGAACCAGAAAAACAGCGUAAAUUUCAGCUGUCUUCUCUUAAUCCUCAAGAACGAUUUGAUUACUGCCAUCUGAUUGAGGAAUUAGGUGGAGUAGUGCUUGAGAAACAGUGCUUUGAUCCAAGUUGCACACACAUUGUUGUGGGACAUCCUCUACGAAAUGAAAAAUUCUUGGCCUCGAUGGCAGCUGGGAAGUGGGUGCUUCAUCGUUCCUACCUAGAGGCAUGCAGAGGAGCUGGCUGCUUUGUUCAGGAAGAAGAUUAUGAGUGGGGAAAUAAUUCCAUACUUAAUGUUUUGUCUGGAAUCAAUGUAAACCAAAAGAAACUAGCACUCGCAGCCAUGAGGUGGAGGAAAAAAAUUCAUAAAGGAAGGCAAGAAACUGGUAUUGUUGAGGGGGCCUUCAGUGGCUGGAAAGUGAUCCUGAAUGUUGAUCAAAGCAAGGAAGCAGGAUUCAGGCGCCUUCUUCAGUCAGGAGGAGCGAAAGUGUUUUCUGGUCAUGCUGUGUCUCUCUUCAAAGAAGCUACUCAUCUCUUUGCUGACUUCAGUAAGCUGAAACCAGAUGACACCAGGGUUAACGUAGCAGAGGCAGCAGCCCAAGGAGUGAACUGCUUGAAACCGGAGUACAUUGCUGACUACCUCAUCCAGGAGCCACCUCCUCCAAUGGAGUCCUACUGCUUGCCAGAAGCUGAGUCUUACCUUCAGAAUAACAAAGAACUUGGAACUGGAUUAUCCCAGAAAAGAAAAGCAAUGGGAGACAUGAGCAGAGUUAAACGAUCCAGAAUACACUGAGAAAAUUCCCUGUUUUUAAUUAGUACAUUUUUUAUUCAUAUUUAUAUUUUUUCAUUCUCACUACAAAAAUUAAAAGCUUUGAGUUUCACUUUUAAUUUGUCUUGAGAUUACAAUAAGUUUCUCAUAAUACUAAUAGGAAGAAUUGCUUUGGUUAUUGGUAGUUUCUAAAAACUUGGAAAGCACUCAUCAAAAAAAAUGCAUUGUCUCCAUAAUGUUAUGAUUACUGUCACUUUACUGACUUGUUUAGGGACACCAUCCUACAAUAACAGUUAAGAUAUGUGAGAUGUUUAACACAUCUUCCAGCUGUGUGUUGCAGAGAAUGUAUAAUCAGUUGGUAAGAAUACAUUUGCAUUUGCCACAGAAUAACAGACGUAGAUCUUUUGGUAUUUAAUUUUGGGAAAUGGAAAAAAGACAAAAACAAUAAUUGGCUUAUAAAUUUUGGUACAAAUAAUGGGUGUACAUAGUGACUGUAAUAAAUUAUUUCUAUAAAA